CAUCUUCCCCUGGAGAAGAACCCCGGGAAGGCUUCUUCACUCUUGUAGCACGGCGGGUUACCGUUGUCAUGUGCAGAGUGAAAACCCUAAUCCUCAUUCCUCUGCUGGAUCUUCUCUUCCUCGUGGAAAACUGUUCAUGACCAGUCGGGGAUCUCCUUUCGCUAACGAGAGUGGCUGGUGGUUAGAUCGUUUAAUAUCUUAUCGGUAAGGCCAUGGCUCAUUCUUCUAUAAUAGAAGAUCUGCACGGGAUUAACUCCCAAGAGCUGACGAGGCUAUUGAAGGAGUCUGCAAAUUAUACUCUACAUGUCAGUAAGGGAAAUGAUUCUUCAAUGCAGGUUGAUAUAAAGAAAUUGGCAUCGGUGCUUCCUUUGCACCUCCUUGCGGUGCUUCUCAUUCCUGGAUGUGGGGACGAAGCACGAUUGACUUACUUGCUGAGUGGUGCACGUCUCUUGCAUACGCUGUCUGAUCUUGCAUCCAGGCAUUCAGAAAUUGAACAGAUUUUGCUGGAGGACCUGAAAACUUCUGAACAGAUAUUGGACCUGGUCUUUUUCAUGUUUGUUAUGCUUGCACAGUAUGAACAGGAAAGCCAUGUUGAGAGUUUUCUCCCUCUACUACAUUCUACACUGGUGGCUUGCAACCUGUUCCUUUUGACAAACUAUAUUUCUUCACAAUGGCAAGAUUUAGUUAAUGUGCUGCUGGUGCAUCCUAAGGUUGACAUAUUCAUGGAUACAGCAUUCGGUGCAGUAUAUCUAGACAUUGAAUUUUUGCGGAUGAAACUGGUGAAGCUGCCUAGUGAAGCAAAGAAGGCUUCUGGCCCUCUGAAUCCCGAAAAUGAGGCUCAUGUUAUCUCCCACCAAUGUGAAGCUUCUUUGCAGAUCCUUAUGUUCUUGUGUCAGCAGAAGUCAUUUCGAGAGCGCCUUCUUAGAAAUAAGGAGCUAUGCAGGAAUGGAGGCGUUCUAUCACUGGCUCUGGCUGUUCUUAAAUUGAAUGUACAGCCACAUUUUGGUGAAUCUUCAUGUUUAUCGGCUGUUGUUUCUAGGAUGAAAUCGAAAAUGCUUUGCAUUUUGGUGAAUCUCUGUGAAACAGAGAGUAUUUCUUACUUGGAUGAGGUUGCCAGCUCUUACAGAAGCAUGCAUUUGGCAAAAUCUGUUGCUCUAGAGGUGCUUGCAUUUCUGAAGACUGCAUUUGACAGAGAAAAUGAGCUGCUUAAUGGUUCCAUCACGAAUCAGAAGCCAAAGGGUCUUGUACUUUUGAACUCAAUGCGCCUGGCUGAUAUUUUUUCUGACGAUUCAAACUUUCGGUGUUUCAUUACAAUUAACAUUACUCCUAUUUUGGCUGACAUUUUGAGUUUAUCUCAUGACGAUUUUAUAUCAAGUUGGUGCUCACAAGAAAGUCCAGUUCUGGAAGAAGAUGCAACUGUGGAGUAUGAACCCUUUAAUGCUGCUGGCCUUACAAUUCUGUCAGUUCAAAAUGCAUCUGGAGCCUUGGUGUCAGAAUCGGGUCCCCUAGUGAAUAUUGAUUGUCCCUCAGUCAAUUGUAUACCGCCAGCUUCUCAUGCGCAGCAGAAAACAUCAUUUUUGGUCAAAAUAAUAGCAAAUCUCCAUUGUUUUGUCCCCAAUAUUUGUGGAGAGGAAGAGAGAAAUCAUUUUUUCAACAAAUUUCUUGAAUGCUUGGGAAUGGAGCAGGAUAUCUCUUCCAAAGUUUCUCCCCCUGCGGAUUUCACUAAAGCCAUUGCAGCUUAUGAGAAUCUCUGUUCUUUGUUGGAUCAUGCAGUUUCUCUAGUUCCCGUGGUAUUGUUGAAUGAGGAUGAUGUACAACUUUUGAGUAAGUUUGUUGAUCAAUUGUGUGAGAUGCUGCCUCAGUCAUACAAGACGAAUGCAACUCUGGAUUUUGAUAAUGAAAAUACGAAAAAAAUGCGCGAGAAUAAAUUCAAAGCUGUGCACAGAGUGCACCAAACAUCACAAUCCUGGGAAAGGUUCUCUAACCCUGAAAAGAGCAAGGAUGGCCAAAGUGUGGGUUUACGUGGUUCAUCUUUGUCAAAGAAAAUGGAUGAUGCAGAAGACGCACUAGACUACAAAGCAAAGAAUUGCGACCUUAGAGAGGGUUUUUCUGAUACUUCCCUAUUCCAAGAGGUGGAUCAAUCAAGUGUUCUGCAUAAGCAAAAGAGUCCUAUUAAGUCUCAGACGGAACUGGAUAGAGUUAAAAAUGAAGAUCAGAAAGCCCCAGUUAGAUUUUCAACAGGAUGUGAGAAAGAAGUCAGAAAGGAUGGUAAGUUUGUUGAAGGAAAUUCAGGUGGUGGGAAGAAGAGCAAGAACCGGUUUGAUGAACUUUUCACCAGUUCAGAUGGGCAAUUUCCGAAGCCUCCAGAUUUUACAAGAGAUAGUGAAAGUAAGGGGCCUACACAUGGCAAUGCUACACAUGGGAAUGAAAAGGGUGAAGCUGCUGAGAGCGAAGAAAAGCAACCAAGAAAAAGGAAACGAAACAUUAUGAAUGAUAAGCAGAUAAAUUUAAUUGAAAAGGCCCUUAUUGAGGAGCCAGACUUGCAGCGCAAUGCAGUGUCAUUGCAGUCAUGGACUGAGAAGCUUAGUGUACACGGGUCUGAGCUCACUUCUUCCCAACUGAAGAAUUGGUUGAACAACAGGAAAGCUCGGCUGGCCCGUGCAGCUCGGGAAGCUCGAGCACCAUCAGAGGGGGAGAGCAACUUUCCUGAUAAGGCAUGUGCGUCCAGCACGGGGAAUUUGUAUGACUCAUCGGAGAGUAAUGGUGAGGAAUAUUAUGUUCCAUCAACGGCAAAGAGAGGCACUAAUCAAAGUGCAGGGAGAUCAAGUGGCACAUCAAACGCAACAAAAGCAGAAACUCGUGAACUGCGGCCUGCAGACUUUCCUGAUUUUGUGGCGCCGCAUGAUAUGCAGAUGCAGUUUCAGAUGCAUGCUCCUAUGAGGUAUAUGUCGUGCGAGCCUGGGCAAUGUGUGUGUAUAAUGGAUGGGAAUGGCAAGGAAGUUGGCAGGGGAAUAGUGUACCAGGUGGAUGGAAAAUGGCAUGGCAAGAGUUUGGAUGAAGCUGGAGUAUGGGUUGUAGAAAUUUCUGAUCUCAAGGUUGAGAGGUGGACCAGUUUGCCUCACCCUUCUGAUUCUGGAGGCACAACUUUUGACGAAGCCGAGGCCAAGAAUGGGAAAAUGAGGGUAGCCUGGGACGCAAACAAGAUUUUUGUCCUACCUUGAGGCACAUUUCUAUUUGGUGCCUUUUGUACAGCUAAAACUUCUUCCUGCUCCGUAGUCAUCUGUUUCUCCAGUGGAGCUGUGGAAACUAACUUUAACAGCAAUCUACUUUACUGGGGCGGGAAUUGCCAUGAAACUCUGAGAAAGGAAAACAGGUGGAGGAGGGUCAGUGUUCUUCAACUGAGGAAUCAUGCAUGUGAUCAGCAUGAAAUUAUUUUGCGUAUCAGUUUGGCUUCGCCGUGAUGCCAAACUCAUCCACUUUCUCAUGGGGAAUUGUAAGGUCGUAUCAGUAGACCUUUCUCAUCUCAAGUUGUACACUUCCAUAGCAUCAGCUUACUCUACCCAUCAGUCUAAUGAAGCUGUCAUCUAGAUUUCCCUACUAGCAAACACCCAAACACCUCCAAGUCUUUUAUUUAUAAAAUUUGUAAAAAUUUGUUACUUACCAUUUACUGAAGCCCAUGUAUGCCUUGUCAAGCUAACCAACCAUAUGCAAACUUGGUAAUCAACUGUUUCAGAUUGGCUUUGGA